CCACAACACUUUGUUUCCCUCUUUGGCCCUUUCUCUCUCUACUUUCCUCUCUACAAUUCUGCAAAUUCCCGAGUGGUAGAGAGGAGAGAGAUCAAGAAGAGGGUGACGAUGCAGACAUCGAACGGUGGCGAUAUGAGCCAAGACCAUCAACAGUGGAUGCAGCAGCAGCAGCAGCAGCAGCAGCAGCAAUGGAUGGCUAUGCAGUACCCUGCGGCGGCUAUGGUGAUGCAGCACCAGAUGAUGUACCCGCAGCAUUACAUGCCUUACCAUCACCCUCAACCUCCACAGCAGUACCAGAAUCAGCCACCUCAGCACCAGAUGCACGGAUCAACCGACGAGAUUAAAACCCUCUGGGUCGGGGAUCUCCAUCAAUGGAUGGACGAUAAUUACCUCCGUACUUGCUUCGGUCAUACCGGCGAGGUUUCUUCCAUAAAGAUAAUUCGUAAUAAGCAGACUGGACAGUCUGAGGGAUAUGGAUUUGUUGAGUUCUUUUCGCGUGCUACAGCUGAGAAAAUUUUGCACAGCUAUAAUGGAACCCUAAUGCCAAAUACAGAGCAGCCCUUUCGCCUCAAUUGGGCAACUUUCAGCACGGGUGAUAGACGUACUGAUGCUGGUUCUGAUCUGUCUAUAUUUGUGGGAGAUCUAGCUUCAGAUGUUACAGAUGCAUUAUUGCAGGAAACUUUUGCUACUAGAUAUCCAUCUGUUAAAGGUGCAAAGGUUGUCACUGAUUCAAACACUGGCCGCUCAAAAGGUUAUGGUUUUGUUAGGUUUGGUGAUGAAAAUGAGAGGUCAAGGGCCAUGAAUGAAAUGAAUGGCAUCUAUUGUUCAAGUAGGCCCAUGAGAAUUGGUGUGGCCACCCCCAAGAAGGCAUCUGGUUAUCAACAGCAGUAUUCUUCACAAGCUUUGGUUUUGGCUGGUGGAAACGCGUCAAAUGGUGCAGUGGCCCAAGGUUCCCAGGCUAAUGGCGACUCAACUAAUACAACGAUAUUUGUGGGAGGACUUGACUCUGAGGUCACCGAUGAAGAUCUCAGGCAGUCUUUCUCUCAGUUUGGUGAGGUUGUAUCUGUAAAAAUACCAGUUGGAAAAGGAUGUGGAUUUGUACAAUUUGCUAACAGAAACAGUGCCGAGGAUGCACUACAGAGAUUGAAUGGGACUGUUAUUGGCAAGCAGACUGUUCGUCUAUCAUGGGGCCGUAAUCCGGCAAGCAAGCAGUGGAGAAAUGAUUCCAAUAACCAGUGGAAUGGGGCAUAUUAUGGAGGGCAGGGGUAUGGUGGCGGCUAUGGAUAUGCAAUGCCACAGAAUGAUCCAAACAUGUAUGCUGCAGCUGCAACUUAUGGUGCUUCUUAGCAUGGGUACGCCAACCAUCACUGGCAAUAAACCAAGUUUUACUGGGACAGACUUUUAAAUUUUAGUUAUCGAAAAAACAAAGACAAAGUUUGAUAGAAUUUAAUUGGUUCUAAGUUUGUAGUGUGAUGAAUUUUUGUAGCUGGAUUCAAUUUUGACAGUCUUGUAACCAUUGUUAGGAUGUUAUUUUAACCGUCCUUCAGGAAUUUGAGGUAUGCUGUGAUGCUUUGCUGAAUAGGCUAUGGAUGAAACAAAAACCCUAGUAACAGGUGAUGGAUGAAGCAAAAAAUGAUCCUAAUUCCAUGUGCUUCUCCUCCAUCAUUGACAUGGACCUACAAGCAUGUCAGAUCGACGGGGGUUUCUUAUUUGGGCUCUAUUCAAUUAUAUGAGUCUAAUAAUUUGUACUUCUUUGUAUUGUUUAUUGAGAUUGCACCGUGUGAAAGUAAGGACCUGUUUGGGAAUGUUUCACCUUUUGGGUGGUAGAACAUGCUUUGUGAUUUUGUGAAAACAGUGGCGGGCUGGAAGCUUCAUGCUUCUCCUCCUCUCACUAUGAGGUUUCUUUGA